CACGGCCGAGCGCUGAGGGGAGGAGGGCGGAGACGCAAAAGGGGCGGGGCGCCGCGCGCGCCAGCCCCGGCCAGCCAAUCAGCGCUGGGACCGCCGCCCGCCCUCCCUGACGCACGGCGCUGCCAUUGGCCGCGGCGAGCGCUGGGGGCGGGGGCGGCGGGCGUGACCGCGCGCCCGCCAUGCUGAUCACGCUGUGCUACCUGUACCUGUGGGCGCGCUGGGGGCCGCGCUCGGCCGCGCUCGUCCGCAGCACCGUGCGGAGGCUGCACCGCUCCCGCUGCUCCUUCACCUUCUGCGCCCGCCAGCCGCACCCCGAGGAGCGCGUCUGCCUCCGCGUCGGCGGCAAGGUGUUCUGCACCGGCGAGGCGCAGUUCCUUGAUGACUUAAACAGGUGGAGUGGGCUUCUUGUUUCUCCCUUUAUUCACCCUGAGAAGCUGCUGCCAGCAGAGCACAUUGCUUUUGUGACAGAAAGCAUUUCUGCUCACACAGAGAACUUGCAGAAAGGACCUGACUCUUCAAAGGAGAUUGUGAAGUGGUCAGACUUUUGUUCACCCUUGGCCUAUAAAGCUGGUGAACCUUUUAAGUUAAUUGCUGAAGCCAGUGUAGAUAAUUUCAGUAGCCUUGGAAUAGCCUUCCUGGAAGACAGGCUGCAGAUGGAGAACGGGAUGGUGCCACACAGGAUUGUUUCUGUCCAUUUAGAGGAAUCUGCUCUGAAGGAGUUGGCACAGGAGGCACCAUCCGUGAAGGAGGAAAGCACAGACAUGGAUGCAGUAACUCCUGCUGGGAAAUCAGGAUUAGGACGAGCUGAGGGGGACAAAUGCAAGCUGGAAGAAGAAAGGGAACACGAGGAAACAGGAGGUGGGGAGCACCACCACUUGCACCUUUCCAGCUGCCAGGAGUGCCUGCAGCUUGAGAGCAGCACCAUUGAGUCGGUGAAAUUCGCCUCUGCAGAAAACAUCCCAGAGCUGCCCGAUGAUUGCAGCAGCACAGGGGAGGAGAAGGAGCAUGAACGCCUGCAAAAAGGAAUCAAAAGAAUAAAUCUGGCUGGGAAACCCCCUAAUAUCUUGAUUUACCUGGGCUCUGAGGCUGCCAAAGGGAGGUUUGAGCAGGUGAGGGCAGUGCUCAGGGAGUGCAUCGAUGCUGAGAGCUACACCGUGUACCAGCUGCACCAGGAGCAAGUGCUCAGAGACCCCUGGGUGGAGAACUCCCUGCUGCUGCUCAUUGCCACAGAGGAGCCCAUCCCUGAGGGCAUCCACAGGCAAUUCAUGAAAUUUCUGUCCAAAGGGGGGAAGAUUCUUGGGCUUUCUUCGUCCUUCACCUUUGGGGGCGUGCAGCUAAAGCGCAAGAACAAGCUGAGGAGGGUGGUGCACGAGCUGGUGGUGUCUAAAAAGGACAGCACGGAGGUGAAGCUGAACCUGCUGGUCAGUGGCUGUGUUUUUGAGGAAGGCAUGAAGGGAGAUGCCAGCAGAGUGAAGGUGUUGAGUCGAUUGAAUAAUGCUGCUGAAGACACAGUGAUUGUGCACCUGACUCACGGGAGCAGUGGAGGAGAAGCCAUCCUUUCCCAGGCCCAUUUGGAACUGGACAGCAAUUCCAUGGAUGUGCAAACUGAAGAGGAUUUUAAUUUGCUCAAAAUGAGCAAUUCCAAGAGAUAUGAAGUUCUCAGGGAGAUCCUGACCUGCCUUGGGCUGAGCUGUGAACUGAGUGAAAUUCCUGAAUUAACACCCAUUUAUCUGCUCUCUCCAGAUGAGGAAAUCCAUCUUGCUUUCCUGAAAUGGCUGGAGGGGAACGUGGAUGCUGAGGGACUGAGGGCAUCCAGCAAGGUGUCCCUGAAGUUUGUUUCAUCCUGUGAGUCCAAGGUGGAGGUGACUCCGUCCCUGGUGCCCGUGAUCACGGAGAUGGGGAGCUUCUCCUCAGAGCAUUUCAGCCUCAAGACCUAUCAGCAGCAUCUGCAGACCAAGAAGCUGGGCAAGAUCCUUCUCUUCACUGAGGUGACCACGACAACCAUGAAUCUUCUGGACGGGUUAAUGUUCGAGUUGCCUGAGGAGAUGGGUUUAAUAGCAGUGGCUGUUCGACAAACACAAGGGAAAGGUCGUGGUGGAAACGUUUGGCUCAGUCCCGUGGGCUGUGCCCUGUCCACCCUGCACCUCUCCAUCCCUCUGCAUUCCAACCUGGGCCAGAGAAUUCCUUUUAUCCAGCACCUGGUGUCCUUGGCAGUGGUAGAGGCAGUCAGGUCCAUACCAGGAUAUGAGGACAUUGAGCUGCGAGUGAAGUGGCCAAAUGAUAUUUACUACAGUGAUCUGAUGAAGAUUGGUGGAGUUCUGGUAAACUCAACACUCAUUGAAACAACAUUUCAUAUUCUCAUUGGCUUUGGAUUUAAUGUGAAUAACAGCAACCCCACCAUCUGCAUCAAUGACCUCAUUGCAAAGCUGAACAGGGAAGAGGGGACAGAGCUGAAGGCUCUGAGUGCAGACUGCCUCAUUGCAAGGACUGUGACUGUGCUGGAGAGGCUCAUUGAGGUUUUCCAGGAGAAGGGGCCCAAUGGAGUUCUUCCCCAGUACUACAAGUACUGGGUACACAGUGGGAAGCAGGUGCGGCUCCGCAGCGAGGACGGCCCGCUGGCCUGGAUUGUUGGGGUUGAUGACUGUGGAUACCUCCAGGUGCACCAGGAGGGCAAGGGCGUGGAGUCUGUGCACCCUGAUGGCAACUCCUUUGACAUGCUGAGGAACCUCAUCGUCCCCAAGCACUGACAGGAACUCUUUAGUGCCGGGCACUGUCACCUCACCCUGCCCAAGGUGGGAAGGGUAACUGAAAGUUUGAUUUUCCUGCUGAUUUUCUGCUUUGUGCUUGCUGUGGGUAACGUCAGCAGCUGAAAAGAGGUGGUGAUCUCACAGCUGAAGGCCUUUAUUCUUUUCAUUAACUGUAAAACACACCUCUGUUGCCAUUCUUUGUAAGGAUCUGUUCUUUGCAAGGGGUCUUUUUGCAAAGGAAUAUUUGUGGUGAACAGAAUGUUCUCCUCAUUUACACCCUGUACUGGAGAGACUGAAGUGGCUCAACAUUUCCUUUUUUUGUUGUUUCUGUGUGAUUUAGCACAGUGCAGGACAAUAUUUACUUUUUUACUUUGUUUUGUUUUUUUUUAAACUAAAUUCUGUUUUUCUGUGUUGUCUUCACUAAAACCAGCUUUAACAUCACAUAUUCCUGAAUUGCUGGGAUCACCACUGUGCUUAAUUCCAGGUCUGAGUGAAGCUCCUGAUUUGGUUCUUCUCUGUGUAGACCUCUACAAUAAUUUACCAACCUGUGCUUUGAUCUCAGGUCUGCAACUCUUAAUGGCUGCCUUCAGUUUUUGGGAGAGUAUUCCAUCAGCACGUAGGAGCUGUGCUGGGUUAUCCAAGUGAUUUGCACUCUGCUCUCCUCAGUCAGUUGGAUCUGAGUAAAUCAUCUCAUCUGUCCUUUAAAUCACGGUUUUCCAAGAGGUUUCAGGAGGAAAAACCCACUGUAGCAGUGUCACACCCAAGUUAUUGUAGAAUGCCAUCUCAGGGGAUGAGACCUGCAAUUAAUUUAGAAUUCAGUGGUAAUUUUAUCAUUACCUCAAUGAAGUUAAGUGAAUAAAUCGAGGGAAUAAAUCAAAUUCCCUGCUGCAAACAACUACUGCAGUGAGAAAGAGGAAUCACACCAUUCCCGUGUCCAAAUUCUCUUCCACAGCCCUUUUGUCACCCCCUUUUCCAAGCCACUGUCUGGUUUUGCUGCUAACCACUAAAAGCAAGAGCUUUAACACCUGCUGACCUGAAAGCAGCUCAUUUUUGGGGCUGCCUGCACAUUUCCAGGUGGGAGGAGCAGCCUGGGAAUUCUCCUGGAGCAGCCACGUGGGAGCUUGGUGGGGUUUUCUCCCAAGGAGGCUUGGCCACCACAGCUCCCCAAACAAUUCUGUGCCAGCCAGGCUUGUCCCAGCUGGGAUGUGGCCACUUUAAUUUCUUUUUUUCAUGGUGGAUCGGCCACAUUGGGUUUGCAGAAAGGAAACUACUGUCUUGUAGCCAGAAAUGGGGGUUUUAGGUUAAAGUUCACCUCAUAAACAAUCCAAACAUUUUAGAUUGUUUGAGCUCCAAAGCCGAGAAGUCUUAAAACAAGGAAACUUGUCUCUAAUGGUAAUUUUGACCAAUCCUCACAUAUUAGGGUUUAGGUGGUUUGGCAGCAAGAGUAGAAAUUAAAUUGUCCCUGUUAAAUUUAGGAUUUUAUGCUUCAUCUCACAGAAGAUUUGUCCUGAUUGUCCAAACCCUGCUGGGUUUUUUUUCCCCCCAUGAUCCAGAUCACAUGAGGCUGCACAUCAGCAUCUCCUAGAACUGCACACACACAGCUGUUAAUUGCCAUAAUUAAAAUGAUGCACCAAGUUUAGCUUUUUCCCACCAGAUGCUUUCAAAACUGCUUUGGGCUGAGAAGGUUUGGCGGCUGCCUUUGAUAUCAGAAUUCAAUAUUAAUGCAUAUUUUAAUCAACUGAGACUCAAGUCUGGCUUAAAAAAGCUUCAAUAAAAAGAAAAAAAAAUAUUUAUAUAUAGAUCUAUCAAAAGCGGGUGUGCACAUGCACACUCACAUCUUCCUGCUGCAUCCUUAUUUAUUUUCUGCCUUUUCCUUCACGAGCAAACUGCAGCAAAGCAGAGCUCUGGUGCUGCUUUUCCAACCACAGAGUUUUACAAAACUUCACCUUAAGCCAGAAUUUGUAGCUAAAACUGUCUCAGCUUUAGGAUUUGCCUUCAGGAAGCACCUUUUGGGUUUUGUUCAUGUUCCACACAGAAUGGGAAGUGCCUGGAGGGAUCGAACAACCAGGUCGUGCCUCGGACUGGGACUUGAGUGGCUUCCUUAAAACUUCCUUAAAACUUCCUUAAAACUUCCUUCUCCCUUCACUGGGGACAAAAAAAAAAGGGGGGGAAAAGGAUAAAGCAUGGGAAUUUUGGAAGGGCAGAAUGAGUUUGUAAAGCUUUAGUGGCUGAGCAGCAGCAGAGGGAUUUUUCAGCGUUUUUUAAAUGCUGCAACAUUUCCUGGUUGCUGUUGGUCCUUUUGUAGCUGCCUUAGUGAUGAGCUGAUUCUGUUCUCGCUGGGAAUUGUCAGGUUAUUCCCAAAAUUUCUGCACUGGGAAGAAACUUGGAGUGGAAUUUCCUUGCCACAGGGGAGAGCUGCCCAGCCCUGGAUGUGCCAGAUCAUGGGAGCCACUUUGCCUUUUCUGUGGCCUCUUCUGGUGUCUCCUGGAUUUGGAUGAAGGAUUUCUGGCUUUCCCUUGGGAAAAACCAAAGACAAAAAGAAUUCCCAUGGGACAAAGAGCAGCUGGAUGAAGUGCUUGGAGAAGUCCCUGAGUCUCUGUCAGGUGGAGUCUGACUCUUCCUCUGCCCAACGUGGCCACAACAUUUUUGCAGGAAAAUCCUUGUUUUUCUUGUUCUCCAUGCGUGACAGACAAAUGUGGUGUGGGGUGUCCCUGGAUGUGGGGCUGGAGAGAUCCAGCCAGCUCCAGCCCCAGGAAUAAAGCUCUGAAAAUGUUUCAUUUCGUUCAGCUGUCUGGAUUAGUAAAACACCUCUUCCAUUGUGAGGCUGAGCUCAUAUCUUAAACUAUUUUCUUGAUGAAGUGCUUUCAAAAAACCCAUUUAUUACCAUGUCCCUAUUACUGGGACUUCUUUUUUUUAAUUUUUUUUUCCUGCUGGGCUCUGGUAGAACAUUUCUCAUGGUGGAAACAUUUGUGGGGGUUGUUUAUUGAUAGGAAAACUUCUGGGUGUGUUGGCACGUGUGCGAGUCCAGGGUGGGUCGUGCCCAGUCAGCAACAAAGCUGCUUCCAAAGGUUUGAAAAAGUAAUAAUGUACUUCACAUUUCAGAGCCCAGGCAGCACAUCCUGCUUCUAGUAAAGCUUUUAUAAGACUUCAGAGCUUCUUUUUUAUUUUUUAAUAUAUCCAACAAAUCAAGGGCUAUUACCUGGAAAUAAUAUUAAAGCAUUUAAUUCUUUAUGCUGCUGCUUCACUGUGCAAAAAUUCGUUUCUUUGCUUUCUCUGAUUCAGCUGCAUCAGCAGCCUGAAAAAAAAAUUUACUUUUUGCAACUCUUUGGAGAUCUCUACAAUCAAAAUAUCUGUCAUGGGAAAGAUUUGUGCUGGUUCCUGGGGUCACUGGUUUGAUAAAAACAUUUGCGUGGCUAAGUGGUGGUGGGGAUGCACUGCCUUGAUCAGACACCAAAGAAAUUAGAUCUGGGCCCAGCAAAGGGCAGAGGUCAAAAAAUGAUGGAGAAAAAAGAACUGCAGGGAAGAAUUGUCAUGUGUUGAGUAUCUCAAUAGUGAUUCUGUGUUAUUUGCAUUUUCCAAGUGUCUUCAUUUAAAAUGCAACGUAGCAAUAAUAUAAUAAAUUUUUAAAACUCUGUGUGUGUUUUAUAGUACAUUAAUUGUCAAUAUAGAACAUGUCACACAUGAAAUAAAUUUUCAAGUAUGCACC